AUGCCGAUUCAGCCGGGAGAUACAGUAAUAAUAUUCGGUGGCCCAAACAAAAUACACCUUACUCAGAUUCCGAACGAGAAUGAGAUGAUAGAAAAUAAACAAUCUGAGGCAAACGUGGGCAACGAGCGCUUAAUACACAACAGGAACGGAAUCUUUGACCUGGUGGACUGCAUAGGAAAGGAGUACGGUCAGAAGUUAUUCUGGGACUCAGGGAAGAAAACGCACUGGGUGGUACCACUGAAACCCACUCCAGAACUGAUAACGAAGAGUAUAACACAUCGCACACAAAUACUGUACCGAGCUGAUAUAUCGUUGGUAGUAUUGUUACUAGACCUGAUACCAGGGAAGAGAGUUCUGGAAUGCGGAACCGGUUCAGGAUCACUAAGUUAUGCCCUAGCAAGCGCAGUGGCACCCAACGGUCACCUUUUUACGUUCGACUGUCACAGUGAAAGACAGAGCCAUUCAAAUGACCUAUUUAACAAGACUAAAAUAACGAAGGUGUUGACGACAUGUGAAAGGGACGCAUACGCGCCUGACGCAUUUCUACUAUCAGAUGAAGAAGCAGCUAGUGAAUGUAAAGUAGAAGGAUCGCAACAAUCAAUUAGUGAACACUCAAUAGAUUCAGUGUUCCUAGACCUACCGUCGCCAUGGAAAGCAGUAGACAAUGUAGUACAAGUGAUUAAGCACUUUGGGAAGUUGGUGGUGUUUACGCCCUCAAUUGAGCAGAUACAGAAGGUGACAGAGACACUGAGGGGAAAGGGAUUUACGAAUAAACCGGUUAAUAAUGGAACAGGGAUAAGAACGUUUGAGAUCCUGACGAAGCCCUGGGGAAUCAGCUUCGACGGCGACUUCGACUCCUCAGAGGAGGAGAGCGCCUUCGAGUACUCAGAGGACGAGGAAGCACCGGGAGAAUACGUAAACUAUCAGCUGCCGCAGUUUAAUCACACGGGAUACCUGACAGUUGCAACAUUUAAUUUGUUUUAA